AUGUCUGGGUACAAUGGCAGGAAUCGACCGGCCGCUAACGGCGGGCCACAAGGUGUCCAGAGAUCGUACGCAUCGCAACUCAAAGAACGAGAGCCCAGCUUCCACACAUACGAACACCUGCAAGGCCUCCCGCGACACGACUCCGCCCUCACCAUGCUGCGUAAGGUGGCUUCGAUGGUGAAGCCCAUCAUGCGCAAACGAAACUGGAGGGUGCAAGUCCUCGCGGAGUUCCUCCCUCUCGAGCAGAACCUGCUGGGCUUGAACAUCAACAAAGGAUACAAGAUCUGCAUUCGCCUGCGCUACCACCACAACCCCGACCUCUUCCUUCCCAUGGAGCAAGUGGUCGACACCAUGCUCCACGAGCUAUCCCACAUCAUCUGGGGUGCUCACGACUCCAACUUCCAUCGGCUCUGGGACGAGCUUCGCGACGAAAUGGAAACGCUCAUCCGCAAAGGCUACACCGGGGAAGGAUUCCUGUCGGAAGGCCACCGGCUGGGCGGCAGGGUGCAUGCUCCUCCGCCCCCUCACGAGAUGAGACGAUUGGCCCGCGCCAGCGCCGAGAAACGACAAGCCCAGAACAAGCUGACAAAAGGCUCUGGCCAGCGACUGGGUGGCACGCCGUUACAUCUUCAGGGCGGCGAUGUAAGAAAGAUCAUCACCGAUCAGGUCACCCGGCGCAACACCAUCAACAAGGGCUGCGGCUCCACUCGUGCGGAUGCGAUUCAAAUAUCCGAUGACAAUUCGAACAACACGUUCAAAACGAAGGCGGAAGAGGACGAUGCGAACAAUCGAGCCAUUUCUCAGGCGCUCUACGACCUCAUCGAGGAAGAAGAAGACCGGAAGUUGCAAGGCACCUUCUCCGCGGCGCCCACGGACGGAGGACUGGGCUGGGAUCCUGCCAAUGGCCUCUACGAUUCCAAGACAGGGACGGACGCCGCUCCACCCAUACCCAUUGACUCGAAGCCAGCACCCAAUCGCCCCCCCAGCCAAAACUCAAGAACCAUCCCUCGCAAACGCCUCCCCACCGACCCCUCCCUUCCAUCAACACCUCCGCCACUACCCGCCCCCGCCUCAGCCCCUCCACAAGAAGCAACACGACCCCCACCACCCCUCAUCGACCUCACCGACCCCUCCAGCCCAACAACAACCACCACCACCACCACCACCACCACAAACCCGAAUCCCCCACCCUCAACCACCGACUGGGCCUGCAGAAUCUGCACCUGCAUCAACCCCCUGCAAUUCCUCGCCUGCGACGCCUGCGGCACCGAGCGGCCCCCGCGCGUAGGAGAACCAUCGCACAAAGCGAAAGCGAACACCGCUCCUCCACCGACGAAGACUAAUUCCAUGCCUACACUGUCGUCUGUCCAGCCGCAGAGUCUAGGCUGGAAUUGCGCGGGGUGCGGGGCGUUCAUGGAGCAUAAGUGGUGGACUUGUAGUGCUUGUGGGCGGUUGAAGGAGAGUUCAUGA